UUAUGCUGCAAUGAACCCAAAGGAGUCAGAUCCUUCUGAACACGUUUCACCUGCAGGAUCCGCCACUCCAACAAGACUUUCCUUCGACACACCUUCUCUUUCCUCAACAGGAUCAUUGCCAAGUCUUAGCCCUUCUUCUCCACCUCGUAUUUUACUGGUUCCUAUAUCCACCUCGCCGUCUCGCCUCAGUCCAACCUCUCAUUUCGUUUCAUCUUAUUCUCCCCUUCGCUUGUCUCCUUGUCCAACACCUGACCUACCUCCAUCACCCAAUCGUCUGUCACCCUGUCAUCAGCCUCUUUCUUCAUCUGUCGUCUUUAAAAAGCCCAUCCAGAUUCCUUCUUUCAGUCAAACUGGGAAAACCCUGGAACACCAGAAGGAGAUUCAAACUUCUCCACCUUGCAUCAUCAAUACUGUGGACACGUCUCUGAAUGUUCCACAUCCGAAUUCAGACAAAAUCAUUUCUCACAUGGAGCCAACCAAAAACGAAAGUUCAACUGCAUCAGUUUACAAAAACGAACCGUUGCAUUCCCUUGAUAUGCAUGAUAAACAAUGGUCCGAAAGUAAAAUAUCUCAAUUCAAACCCAUUUCGUCCCCUGAGAGAAGUGCCAGAUCAAUCCCCAUAACCAACACGAGAAAUCACAACAAGCAAACUGGCCAAAAACCAGAUCAACUGUUCAGACAUCAACACCAGGACGCACUUAAUAACCUGAAUCCAAACAUCACUGGAGGUACCAAGUCUACAAAGUUUGAAAGCUCAAUCCCUCAAAUGUUAAAACAUGUUGAAAAAAGAAGACCACAGACCUCAGAGAGCUUCCAAAAGAAGCGUCCGGACCCCACUCUCGUUCGGAUCCGGCUCGGCUUGAUUAAAACAGGGAGAAUUGUAAACACGAGCGCCCAGAUCUCUCAUCUUGAGAAGAAGACAAGCAGGGAAGAGAACAAACCAAAAAUUCAACGUCCAUCUACAGUGGAGAGGCUCCCACUCCCUGUUUAUUCAAAGAUGAGAUCCAACUUGAUGUGUCAGAGUGGCGUAAGACAUCAACUCCACAAGAAAAAACUACUGCAAGCUUCGAUGGAUGCAAAGAGUCAACCCUCAAAACAACUGAAACCUACAAAUUCAUCCCCAAACCAAGAUUCUCUAGUGAUUCCUUCCAUUUCACCAAUGAGACAAAACUCUUGUCAAUCAAGCAGUAUUGACAACCUAACGUCCAAGUCUAAACUCACAGGAUUACAUUCAGACACUUCCAUCACUUCAUCAAGUUUUACAUCAGGUCAGUGCGGCCGGAUAAGCUGCUUCCAGUUCCCUUUGAAGAGCCACAGAUCAUCCAUCGAAUGCGAUCAAAUGAGCCGAAUCUGUAGACCUGUGAUCAAAAGAACAUCUGAGGCGUCUUACAGUAGACCAUCAUACCUUAAAUCUCCUCAAGCAUGGAGAAAAGUUUCAUCUGCCGCCAACCAAACCGUAGGGGGUAAUGAAAGGGAGCUGAGCAACUCAUCCCAAAAUAGAUGCAACCUUACAGAUUCAGAUUCUUCCAAAUCUUCUUCGAGCGAGGCAACCUUGCAAGACAAUUAUAGAUGCUCACGAAUACACAGAGGUUCACGCUUACACAAAAAGCGUUUUGCUGGUUGUCGGAUUAAAUAUGUUGGGGAAGAAAAACGGCAGCCAGCUGUUCAGCUGGACUCCCAUGAACUGCUAGGUACAUCUACAGAGGUCCCAAACACACACUCCGACUCUGAAAUGAAUGAAUGGAUUUCCCAGAAUCCAAAAUCCUUAUGUAACACAGACAACAUCAAGAGUAAAGUAUCUGAACAGACGCUUCAACAGCACAACGCUGCAGAUUGUGAGAGAUUUCCAGGAAUACACUCUGUGCGGGUAAGAGAGCAAGAAGACCACCUGUCAUUACCGCCAUCUGUAGUCGUAGAAAUGAGGAGAGGAUCUGAGGCGGAAUCCGGUCCUGGAGGUUGUGUGUCUGCAGACAUGUCAGAAAUCGUUCCCCCUGAAGUGAGACCCAAGCCUGCCGUCCCAGCGAAGCCACCUCAUGUGGCCCCACCUUCCGGCGUUCCCUUUCUGCCUUCACCCCAAGGAACGGGGUGUGAGGGUCAAGGGUCAGGUCGAGGUUCCGCGUUGCUCGGAUACAUCGGUAUAGACACCAUCAUUGAGCAGAUGCGCAAGAAAACAAUGAAGACGGGCUUCGACUUCAACAUCAUGGUGGUUGGUCAGAGCGGUCUAGGUAAAUCCACUCUAGUGAACACUCUGUUUAAGUCACAAGUUAGCAGGAGGAGCUCGAGCUGGAGUCGUGAUGAGAAGAUUCCAAAGACUGUUGAGAUAAAGUGUGUGUCUCACGUGAUUGAGGAAGGUGGAGUGAAGAUGAAGUUAACUGUUGUUGACACGCCAGGUUUUGGGGACCAGAUCAACAAUGAUAACUGCUGGGAGCCCAUAUCCAAAUACAUCAAUGAACAAUACGAGAAGUUUUUGAAGGAAGAAGUCAACAUUGCUCGCAAAAAACGCAUCCCAGACACCAGAGUUCACUGCUGCCUGUACUUCAUAUCUGCAACUGGACACUCGCUUCGCCAGCUGGAUAUUGAGUUCAUGAAAAAUCUGAGUCGUGUGGUCAACCUCAUUCCUGUCAUCGCAAAAUCAGACACGCUUACUCCUGAAGAGAAGACUGAAUUCAAACAGAGGGUGAGGAAAGAACUGGAGGUCUGUGGGAUCGAGUGUUAUCCACAGAAAGAGUUUGAUGAAGACAUGGAAGAUAAGAGUGAUAAUGAUAAGAUCAGGGAGGCCAUGCCCUUUGCCGUGGUGGGAAGUGACAAAGAAUACCAGUUCAACGGGAAACGGGUUUUGGGGAGGAAGACGGCGUGGGGAAUGGUGGAGGUUGAAAACCCAAACCACUGCGAAUUCUCCUUACUUCGUGAUUUCAUGAUCAGGUCUCACCUCCAGGACCUAAAGGAAGUCACUCAUAACAUCCACUACGAGACGUACCGAGCCAAGAGGCUAAACGAUAACGGAGGUCUGCAUCCCAUCUCCUCUUCCGGCAACGACACGCAAGAGAGCAACCUGUGAGGAGAAAGCAAGAAAUAGAAGUUUCACCUUGUAAUAAUUCAGCUGUGCAUGCUAUGAAGAUUUCAUUGCUGUGGAGGUUUUGUCCUCAUACUCCUUUUAACUCCCUGUGGAAUCUAUCCGCACCUGUGGUUGCACAACCCUGGAAAUUUAGAAAAAGCCUUCCCCAGUUGUUCAGCUCAGUUAGUGAGCGAGAUUGCUCGUGAUAAUCUUUGCGCAGGUCUCACGUGUAGAUGAACGGUCCUGCCUAUUUUCACAACUCUUUUCUAAAAUGUGUUGGUCAGGACCUCUGUCACACGCUUUGCUCAGUUUAGACGUAGUUUUGUGGGUCAGCACGUGGAGGAUCGCACUGCCACUGCAGUCUGCAGCUUACUCUAUGGGCCUUAUUUAUUAAAACAUUUAGCACAUUGCAGGAAAGCACACAUCUUCUCAAGUGUUAAAAUAAGUGUUAAACGUUUUCAUAUCUUUGGCCCUGUGAGGGUACAGCAGCGUUUCUUUACAUAUUCUAGAUUCUCUAUUUUCUUUACUCUUGCUGCGUAAAUCUGCCAAAGCAAGUCUCAGAGGACUCUGAAAUGACCGAUAAAGGACAGCGUAUUCCUACGGAUCAUUCAAAACAGGUACAACAGUGCGUGCCACGAUUGACAGCGGCUAAUGUGAUUUCAUAGCUUCACGUAAGUGGCCAAAUAAAAUUCAGGACGAAACUGAAAGCACACCGAUUAAAAUGAUCUGUGCCUUUCGAAUAUUUGUGGCUUUGAGGUUUCCGGCACAUUCUGUACGGAAACCCCGUGUAUAUGUGUAUGUAUGCGUGAAUGAGUACAAAAGUUGCAUUCGUUCCUCAGUCUGCCUGUUGUUUUUUUCUAACCCCCUUAACUUAGCAUCACCAGUGUGUUUUUCACGCGUGCCAAUAUUUCCACCUGUGUGUAUUUACUUCUACGUUCCAUAGCAUCUCCUACGUGAUCUCUGCACAUAUUGAUACAUUAUCAAUGUAGAAACUUACAUCUGCACAUACAUGUUAACAGUGACCUUAAAUCAGUUCGCCACUCAUCUUUGCCAUAUCAAGUUUUAUUAAUGAUGGUGUGAAAUAACAAACCAUCUAUGAACAAAAGAAUAACGAAACCUUAUUUAUAUUGUAUUUAUGUUUUAUUUAUUGCAAUACUUGUUUUAAUUUAAUAAACCUGUUUAC